AUGCUGCUAUUCUUACUACUGCUGCUGCUAAAGUCUCUUAUACCUGUCCUUUCAUAUAACGAACCAUUACAUCAGGGUGAAUUUCAUAAUGGAUCCAUCAUAAGUCAUCGUGCCACGAACCUCACUGGGAGGGCUCUAGUCGAUUACGUCAACAGAAAGCAGUCGCUGUGGAAGGCCGAGUACAUUUCGCACUCUUCAUCGUUUUUGAAGAAGCGACUGAUGGAUACUAAAUACUUUGAUGACACAAGAACUGAGAAGAUAAAAUCGCGGCGAAACCUCGAUGUAGAACUCCCUGAAAGAUUUGAUGCACGGGAGAAAUGGCCGGAGUGCCCUUCGAUAAGCUAUAUUCGCGAUCAAUCCGGCUGCGGCUCAUGUUGGGCCGUAUCGUCUGCUGGAGUGAUGAGUGAUCGGGCUUGCAUACAGUCAAACGGGACAGUUAAGGAGCACCUCUCCGAUACCGACAUUCUCGCUUGCUGCGGAGAAUCUUGUGGGAAAGGGUGCCUAGGCGGUGUCAUGGAUAAAGCUUUCGAGUAUGCCAUGACCUCUGGUGUUUGCACCGGAGGACGAUAUCGUGAGCAGAGCUGCAAACCUUACGCAUUCUAUCCAUGUGGACAGCAUCAGAACCAGCCAUUUUAUGGAGAUUGCCCCGACGAGGAAGAAGGACCAUUUCCAACGCCAAAAUGCAGAGCGAGGUGCAGGUUGCGAUACCCUCGCUCCUACGAAGAGGAUAAAGUCUUUGCAGAGAGCUAUUACUCACUCGAAAACGACGAAAAAGAAAUCAUGUACGAAAUCAUGACUAAUGGACCUGUUGCGACCACAUUUAUGGUUUAUGAGGAUUUCGAAUUCUACAAAACAGGCGUUUACGAGCAUACCUCUGGAUGGUUAGUUGGACUACAUGCAGUUAGGGUUAUUGGUUGGGGAGUCGAGGGAGAAACACCAUAUUGGCUGAUUGCCAACACGUGGAAUACGGAUUGGGGAGAGAACGGGUACUUCCGUUUUCUACGCGGUAAGGAUCACUGCAAGAUCGAAGGAAGAAUGAAGGCAGUUAUGAUGAAAGUGUAA